AUGGAAAAAGGAAAGGGAAACGACCGGUUCCGCUCGAAGUUGCCAUUGGAUGGAAGAACGUGGCCGAAGGCAGUGGGAAAGAAGCUACACGGGCGACUUGCGCACUUGGACUGCCUUUUGUUUCGACCAUCGAGUUCGGUCACGGCCGACUGCUUCUUCUAUCGCCCAUGUGGAGCAAAACAUGGUGACCCAGACGGUUGCGCCAUGUGCGUGUAA